UGUCUUAAGCUUCGGAACUUGACCGUCAAACAUAACCUAGUCCCGGUCGGUGUUGAAAUUAGUGGAUCGGAUCGAUCAUUAUCAGUAACCAAAAUGCCGAAAAUGCCAUGGCAUCCCGCUUCAGGGACCGGGAGAUCCUGUGAGACAGCUAAAAAAAUCAUCAGAUUUGCCCGUUACGGUUGCACAAACAGACCGUUCUUUCACAUUGUCGUUAUGGAGAGAAUGAAAGAACAACGUCAAGCUCCAAUUGAACAAUUAGGCACAUUUGAUCCAAUGGCUAAUUCCCACAACGAGAAAUUGGUUUCACUGAAUUUUGAAAGGAUUCAAUUCUGGAUUGCCAAAGGAGCAUCUAUUUCAACUCCUGUUGCUGAAUUGAUUGGGCUUUGUGGGUUUUUCCCAAUACAUCCAAGAUCCUACAUGACUGCUUGGAGAAACAGACAAGCAGCAGAAGCUGCUGCUAAUGCAGCUGCAGCAGAAACACACCAAGAAGCAGCGGCAUCCGAGUCUAAAUAGAUUAAUAUUUAAUCUUAUUUUAUAAAUAUUACCAAUUGUAGAUAGUACAAAACAUGCGAUUAAAAGUUAUGAUUAUUCUUA